AUGUUGUCGGCUCUUUUAUUGAAUGUGCUUUUAGCAUCGAAUUCUUACGCAUCCAAUUAUGGAUAUUUUCCAAAUUCAACUAUUUCUUCAAGCGCAUUGAGUUUACCAUCCACACUAACAAACAUACCACGUUCUGAUACUUUAACUUCAUCUACCCCUAGUUUUACCACUUCAUUACCAACAGGCGACUCAACAACACUUUAUGGAACUCUACAGUUAUCUUCACCCAGUUUUUCGGAUUCCAGUUCGCCUGAGAGUGUGCUGUCUGUGAAUACCGACUUGUAUACUUCAUACAGUAUUACAACUGACAUCAAUGUUACAGUUAAGGAUUUUUCAACAGAUUUGAUUAAGACAUGUCCUACUUGUACUUUUAACGCUAAACAAUCAAGUUCCCAGGUAAUUACUUCGGAUUCAUUAACAUUAUCAAGCAUAAACACUACUACAUCUAGUUCAACCACCUCUGAAUUGUCAAUUACUUCCAAUGUUGUUUCGUCUGCUGACUCUUAUACAACUGAAAGUUUUGAAACUGCUCAACAAUCAAUUCCUAGUAACCUUUCAAAUGGGGACUCUGCAGUAGUUACCCCUCUAACUGUAACUUCAAAUUCUCUAACAAGCCAAUACUACGUAACACCAACUAAUAAUAUUGACUCAUCCACAGAACAAACUAACUCUACAAUUCUGACUACAUAUUCUUCAUCAAAUGAACUUAAAACGUCGUCAUAUGUUGUUUAUCAAUCUAAAGUUACUCAAACAGUUAAUGGUGUCGUGACAGUUUAUACCACAUGGUGUCCAUUGGAAACAACUAAUUUAGAGAAAUCAACUUACUCCUUCAGUUCAUCUAGAGUUAUUAGUUCAGUUUCCGUAAGUUCAAGUGAAUCGAGCUACUUGAAAAAUACUGCCACUUCUACAUUUUCCAAUAGUGCAGGGGUUAUAUCAUCAUCAAAUAAUCAAUUGGAUACAUCAAGUACUAAUGCUAUCGUCAAGAGCAAUAUAGCUUCUUCUAGUUCUUCUUCUGCCGUUACCAUUCAAACUAAUCCAGAAGUCGAAAUUGAGAAUAUAAAUUCGCCAACAAUUACUUCAACUCCUUCUUCACCAACACCUACAUCGAGAACAUCAAGUACCACAACUACAUUUGUAUUAUCCACUGUUCAAACGACAGUAAAUGGCGUUUUAACUGAAUAUACUACGUGGUGCCCUUACGAGGGAGCUUCUUCUGAUUCAACGACUGAACCUGCACAAAUAACAUCAACAUACGAAAUUACGACUACCAAUAGUAACAGUUCUACAAUUUUUGUAUCUCAAACCGCCGUUCUUUCAACACAUACGACUACAAUACAUGGUAUUGUAACUGAAUAUACUACAUGGUGCCCAUUAACUGUAUCUACUUCAAGUACACAUCAACAAUCAUCCAUCAAAACAUCUGUAAUUGAAGUUUCUUCCACAAAUGAUGAAGGUUCCGUUCAAAUUUCUUCACAGACGGCAUAUCUAUCUACUCAUACAACUACAAUCCAUGGUGUCGUUACUGAAUAUACAACCUGGUGUCCUUUGACUACUUCCGAAAAUACACUGCAUUCAUCUACAACUAUUAAGCCGAAAGAAAGAGAAUUAGAAUCGUCAAGUAGUACUAGUGGUACUAGUAGCAUUAAUUCAAGUAUUACGUCAUCACUUCCAUCCUUUAAAGCUGUUAAUAGUGAAAAUGAAAAAACAAGCAAUUCCGUAUCAAGCCAAUCUACCGGAUCAAUAGUAACAGUGAAUACUGUAACAACAACUAAAUUAUCUGUCGUAGUCAUUUCAACUGAAGUAUGUUCUUCUGAUAAGUGCAGUACUGUUUACUCUACGGUUGUUAUGUCUUCACCUAAGUUGAGUUCAGCAUCUUCUUCUUCUUCUUCUUCUUCUUCUUCUUCUUCUUCUUCUUCUUCUAGCAUAUCUUCAUCAUCAGUUCAAAAUUCGCAAUACACUUCUUCUUUGCCACUAUCUUCAGAAAUAGCAUCAACUUCAAGUCAGUCUAUUAGUAUUACUGUCGUAUCAUCCACUACAGAAACCAAAAGCAGUGACCAAAACUCGGUAACCAAAACUACUCAAGAAUCUCAAUUUUCUACCACUAGUAGCCAAACAUUUGUCCUAUCUACAUCUACUGUUACAACCAAUGGUAUUGUUACAGUCUUUACAACAUGGUGUCCUUAUUCAUCUGAAGAAAGUUCGAUCGGUAGUACAACUACAUCUAAGUCAACUGUUUUGACAAGUACAACAACAUUGGAAACUUUUACGUGUACUCAUGAAACUUGCCUUAUUUCUCCAGCCACUAGUAAACCGUUUUCUCAAAUUUCUAGCGCUACAUCAAAAUCCACGAAUACUAUUACAACUAGUAAACCAUUAGAAAACAAAACUUCGUCUCCUUCUUCUUCAAACGAAUUCACAAGCAGCACAAUUGAAUGGAGUUCUUCAAUAGAUCAACCAGCUAUUAGAUCCAGUGAAUCUUCAAUAAUUAAACAUACCGGUACAACUGCUACUACUGAAGAUACGACAAAUCAAGUAUCUGCAACAACUGUGUCUGUUAAUUCUUCUACUACUGAAAGCAAGACAACUCAGGUUUCAAUGACUACUCAAUCUACUGGUAAAAUUACUACAGAACAACAAUCGAGUCAAUUAAGUACAUCAAAGGCCACAGAAGAAAAAAGUUCCAUUGUAAUUGAAAGUAGCAUUUAUUCUUUUAUUUCCACUACCAGUACAAAAUCUACUACUGAUUUGGUCACAGUUACAUGCACAGAAUCUAAGUGUUUAGAAGUAUCCACUACAACAAGUGACGUAUUUAUACCAUCAAAAUCGUUCUCCUCUUCUGCUUCUGUUUCAGUCACAGCUACAUCGUCAACCACUACAAUAUCCAUGAAUUCAAUUAGUUCAGAACAAACUAGAUUAGAUACAACCGUAACUACCACCACAAUGAAGAAUGAAACACCAAUUCCAUCAAAUAUUCCUUCUUCUUCUUCUUCUUCUUCUUCUUCUUCUUCUUCUUCUUCUUCUUCUUCUUCUUCUUCUUCUUCUUCUUCUUCUUCUUCUUCUUCUCCUUCGUCUAUUGAAGUUAGAACACCUACUUCUCAAAAAAUCACUCAAAGUACAGUAUCCACUCCAAUAGUUUCUAUCUACUCUUCUACUUCAACAACCCAAACCGCCUCAACAAUGACAACACCAACUGUCAGUGAAUAUACCGGUAAUGGACAUAAAACAACAUUUAAUGGUAUUUUCAUAUUUAUAUUGUCGAUGCUAUAUCUUCUAUAA